UUUAAGAAUUAAGCGCGUCGGUUUGUUACUUUUGGGUGUUAUAUUAAGUUGAAAGCCGAAUCGUCUCAUUAUUUAAAAGUUUUAAGUGUUUUUAUAUAGUAACUGCAGUUAAUUACUCAAUUUUAACUUUAAAAUGUCUGCUGAUAAUAUAGAAAAGUUAUACCAGAACUACGGAAUACUAGCAGAUGCUAAGGAUGACAUCUCAAAGCACGAAAAAGAAUAUUUAGAGAUAUUGGCAGCAGUCAAAGGAUCUGAUAAAGAGAAACGAUUGGCUUCCCAAUUUAUUGCAAAAUUCUACACAAGUUUCCCUAAUCUAGCAGAUCAAGCGAUAGAAGCUCAAUUUGAUUUGUGUGAAGAUGAUGACGUGGCGAUUCGUAAACAAGCAAUCAAAGCCUUGCCUACAAUGUGCAACAAUAAUAAAGACCACACUACUCGGAUAUCUGACAUACUUGCACAACUUCUGCAGUCAGACGAUGCUACAGAAAUUAAUGUAGUAACAAAUUCACUGGUCACCAUCCUUAAAAGUGAUCCCAAAGGAACUCUCACAGGUCUCUUCUCUCAAAUACAUCAGAGUACUGACAGUGAAGUCCCUAAUGAAGUUGUUAGAGAAAGAUGUAUAAAGUUUUUAGCGACUAAAGUUAAACAACUAGGUCGGGAAAUCAUUGACAAGGAAUGCGAGGAACUGAUCAUUGUUGAAGGAAAGAAAAUAUUGCAGGAUUCAGUUGCUGAGGAGUUUGAGCACAUCAUGGAAUUGCUAACUUGGACAAAAAUCGGUAAAACUCCUGCAGGAAGGAAAGAAUUGACUGAACUGAUAUUGGCAUUAGCAUUCACACCAGGCGACUGGCAUCCGGAGGAUCCUGAAUAUAUAGACAGACUCAUCCAGUGCACCCAACAUGCAUUGCCUUUAUUUACAGCGCAAGUAGAUUCCACUCAGUAUGUCAAUAUCUUUUGUGAUAAUGUACUUGCACAGUGGAAUGAUUUAGCUACAACUGGCAGUGCAGAUAUAAAAUUGGAGAUAUUAAAAACCUUUGCGGAGCUCACAGAGCACUGCGGAGAGCUUGAGAAUGCACCACAAAAAAUUAAUAUAGUUUACGACGUAUUAAUGAAAUAUCUACCAGAGGCACCAAUAGAAAAUGAAAAGGAUGAUAUUAAAGAGACUAAACCAGAAGAAGAAUCCAAAGCUGAUGAGUCCAAAGCAGCUCCGUCAUUGCAGUUUUCACAUGUUGAAUGUGCGCUCUUUGCAUUACACUCUUUGUGCAGGAAAUCACCGGAGGCCUUAAGCGCUGAUGCUGCAAGACUGAAACCAUUACGUCUACGCCUUCAAUACACAGCUAGAUUAACACAAGGUUACAUCAAAAAGUUAAAGGAAGUCACUCAGGGUAAAAAGGGAGAUGAUGCCAAUACAGAAGAAAACAAAUUGAAAGUAGCAGCUUUAAUGACUACAUCAAAUAUAAACACACUAAUACGAGACAUAUUCCGUACACCCCCCAGCUUCAAGAGCAAAGUUCAACUUUCAUUUCAAACAAAGAAAGCUGAAAAAGAGGAAAAUCAGCCAGCUGUAAUACAUGAGAGGGAAAAAGAAUCGUCGUCUAAACGGCACAGACCAAUAACUUUUGAUAAUGGCGAAAAAAAGGAAUCUCCGGAGAAAAGGUCGAGAAGUGGUGAUGGGAACGUCAAAAUGUACACACCACCAUCUGGCAAAUACAGCUCCAGACUUAGCAACUCCGGACGAUUCACUGGUUCAAACCCGAGCAGGGGGAGGGGAUAUGGCAGGCGUGAUUUUAGGAACAAUGCGCCUUAUAGGCGACGCAAUAACUAUUAAUAAAAAAAAUAUACUAUAACAUUGGGGUUAGGAUAAAAACGUGGGCGUCAACAAUUCCAAGCGUUGAUUUACAAACGCACAAAUUCUAAAAAUAUGACUUGCAGAAAAAAAUAUGAUAUUAACAAUAUAGAUUUUGAAGGGGAAAAUAUAAAUUAAUUUCGUUUCGCAUUUGGACAUUGACUGGUUGGAUUUUCUAGAAGCAUCUUUACAUUCUGUGGACGCGGUCGUAGUUAUUUACAGGAUUUUUCGGCGUGCUGGUAGCUGAUUAAGGCAAAGUUUGUAGUAUUUCAAUAUUUUUUAGUCUAGGAUACCGCCACCGGUGUCAACGUAUUGGUAAGUUAUAUACACAUUGAAUAUUAUUUACAAUACGCUAAUAAAAGGAGAGAUGCUGACAAAAUAUAUUGUUCACGACAUUGUAAGUAUUUUAAUUUUAUUAUAGCAAUUAUUCGUACCUGACUCUCGACGUCUAUCCAAUACGGAGCAUGUAUUAUAUUUUCAACAACAUUCGGUAAGUUACAUUACUUUGAUGUUGUUUCUGUUUUAUUUUCCGAAUUUAUUCGUUAAGCUGCUGUUGGACAUGGUUUCGAGUCUACAUUCAGGCUUUGUCAGGUCAAAGAAGAAUCAACAUCGGGAUUUUAAUUCGAGAUUGUCACACUUUGAUUAAUAAAAACUCUAAAAUUGAUACAA